CCCUCAGCCUUCACUCGCUGCGUUCCCCUUUCAGUUCCCCACACACACCCCGCUCCCCGGUUCCCGACGAGCUCGGAGCUCCCCCUCCCCCGCUCGGUGCUCACCGCGACAGCAGCAGCCAUGGACGCCGCCAACCAGCUGACCGCCCUCCUCAACAACAUGUUCGCCACGGGUUUGCUGGACGAGCAGUUCCAGCAGCUGCAGAUGCUCCAGGACCCCAGCGCCCCGGACUUCGUCUCCGAGGUGGUCACACUCUUCUGCCAGGACGGCGAGCGCAUCAUCGGCGAGCUCGCCAAGCUGCUGGAGAAGCCCACUGUGGAUUUUGACAGGGUCGACGCGUUUGUGCAUCAGCUCAAGGGUAGCAGUGCUAGUGUCGGCGCCCAGAAGGUGAAAAAUACAUGUGUUCAGUUUAGGGAGGUCUGCCAGCUCAAGAGCAGGGAUGGAUGCCUGAAGACUUUGGACUUGGUAAGAACUGAAUUCUAUGAUCUGCGCGGCAAGUUUCAGACUAUGCUUCAGCUGGAGAAGCACAUCCAGGGGUUCAAGUGAACCCGAGUUGGGGAACGGAGCUGCAUUUUGGGAUGACGCCUACACCGCUCAAGCUUCAGAACAUGCCGGAUGCGUUCCUCAGCUGCAGCAGAUUAUGAGCUGACACCUUUCUGUUUCCUUAGUCCGUCGCCAUCGUCUUAGUGUUGUUGUUGUCGGGUGAUCCAUCUUCCUGCAAGCAGUUGCAGGUCGUCUGGUCACUCCUAGUCCUAGUCGCCAUUUCGUAGUCUCUUAGGUCCCCAAACUGCCUACCGGUUUGGGCUUUAAAUGGUGUCAAGCUAGUCGGUCAGUCAGUCGUAUCCUAGUUGUGUUAUGGUAAAGCAAAACGAUGCUGUGGUUAAUUUGAAUGAAUCUGCUGCUUAUUGGUGAUA